AUGGUCUGUUCCAGGUCAAUGCAUUUUGGACCUCCCUAUAACCGCAUCAUCGCUAACUAUUGGAUGUGCUGGGAUGUGGGAGCUAUCCAAAACAACAUUAUGGAGAGCAACACCAAAAAAGGCUAUGCUAUACAGAACUUAGAUGAGAGUGAAAUAGAUCUGCAUACAAAAUGUGUGAUAGAUGUGGAUACAAACAAAGUUAUUCUUCAUCCUGUGAACACUAACCUUUCAAAAGGAGAUGCUCGGAGCCAACCAAAGGUGUUUGCCUAUGAUCACUGCUUCUGGUCUAUGGAUGAAGCUAACAAAGAAAAAUAUGCAGGUCAAGAUGUUGUUUUCAAGUGCCUUGGUGAGAACAUUCUCCAGAAUGCCUUUGAAGGUUACAAUGCAUGCAUUUUUGCCUAUGGGCAGACUGGAUCUGGAAAAUCGUACACAAUGAUGGGCACAGCUGAUGAACCUGGAUUAAUACCUCGGCUCUGCAGCAGUCUCUUUGAAAGAGCCCAGCAAGAGGAGAGUGAAGAGCAGAGUUUUAAGGUGGAAGUGUCCUACAUGGAGAUUUAUAAUGAGAAAGUCAGAGAUCUGCUGGACCCAAAGGGGAGCCGUCAAUCUUUAAAAGUCAGAGAACACAGUGUCUAUGGACCUUAUGUAGAUGGUCUUUCUAAACUAGCUGUUGCCAGUUACAAGGAUAUAGAGUCUUUGAUGUCCGAAGGCAAUAAAUCUCGUACAGUUGCUGCAACAAACAUGAAUGAAGAGAGCAGUCGAUCCCAUGCAGUUUUCAAGAUCAUCCUCACACACAUAUUGUAUGAUGUAAAGUCAGGGACCUCUGGUGAGAAAGUGGGCAAGUUGAGCCUGGUUGACCUUGCAGGCAGUGAAAGAGCAACCAAGACGGGGGCUGCAGGUGAUAGGUUGAAGGAAGGAAGCAACAUCAACAAGUCUCUCACAACUCUUGGGUUGGUCAUUUCAGCCCUCGCAGAUCAAGCUGCUGGCAAAAAUAAGAACAAAUUUGUUCCUUAUCGUGACUCAGUGCUCACUUGGCUACUCAAAGUAAGUUACCCUUUAUUCAACAUGUCAUUCUCUGUUUCAGGUCUAUUUGGAGGUGACACCUGUUGAAAAUAAAAUAAAGGGUUGCAACAGCUGACUGCAGUGGAAAACCACAGUAGCUCUGUGAAUUCUCACUCAGGAAGCUCUUUCUCCAGGAAUAGAAUUCCCUUGCUUUCUGAGAGAGUUGGAUCCCCUUAGGUGGCUUCCCGCUCUGGACUGUUCACAAUCAAUAGCAUCUCUCUUAAUCAAUUUACUGGCAGCCACAUACACAGCUCUUCUACCAUAAAAGCU